UUAAGCAUUUGUGACAAAAUACCCGAAAACACGAAGCAAGCCAUCAGUUUAUUAUACGCUUUCGACGACUCGGAGGGGGACAACAUAUUAUUCAUUACCACCGAUGACUGUGUCUACGGUAUGGGCGCCAACACUCUGGGCGCACUUGGAUUGGGACACAACCGGCUAGUCUUGUCACCGCAACUGAUCCCAGAGCUAUCAUAUCAAGAGAUUCAACACUUCGUUAAUGGCUUUGACUUUGUUUUAGCCAUUAAUGCCGAGCGACAGGUGUAUAGUUGGGGCCACAAUAGCAGUGGACAGUUGGGACGGGAAGCCUCGCAGUUUGCCUACUAUUUUAGGCCCAAACGCCUGAACCGUUUCGACUACCGGGAUGUCAUACAAGUGAGUUGCGGUUACUUUCACGCCCUGGCGCUCACCACCGAUGGCGAGGUAUACGGGUGGGGCGGCAACGCCUGGGGACAGAUAGGCUGCGGGUCCAGCAAGGUUCGCAACGUACCGGCCCCCACGCGCCUGUGCUUCCCCGGCAAACAUGUCAUAAGCGCUGUCUAUUGCGGGAAAUACACGUCGUUUGCGGUGACGUCGGAGGGACUGGUAUUCAGUUGGGGUCACAAUCAGUACCGCCAGUUAGGGCACGACAACGACGGACAGAGCGUUUAUGCGCCCAAAUAUGUGAUGGGUGUCCACAAUGUCAAGACUAUCUGCCCGUCCAAUACAUUGUUCGGGAAAGACACCAAAACUAUCGGUCAGAGAACUAAAGUCCGGUAUUCAAGAUAUGCGACAAGUGGUGUCAUACAAAAGGAAUGUGAAUGCCAAUUGACUGAAACUCCUAUUGAUUUAAGCGAUGAAAGUGAUGAGCGUUUAUUGAAUCAAUUGUCAAACUCUGGACAGACACCCAGAGAGCAUCUGUACGAGAGUGUGGAUUAUCCGGCAAUUAAAGCUAAGAAACUAGAGGCCAGGGAUCAGGAAAUCAAUGCUCAAACGGCUACUAAUCCAAUGAAAACUACGUUAAAGAUGAGUCCUUUUAAUCCAUUUAGUGUAACAUCAAAGUCUACUCCGCUAUCGGAAAGCCUACAAAUGACUACUAAUAAAGUGAUUGAUAUGAAUAAAGAUAGUUCGCUAACUAACGUGACUGAUCCUGAUGAGACAUUUGAUGUCAAAUCAAUAGAUUUGAUUGAUUUGCUGGAAUACCCCGAAAGGAGUCGACAGGAAUUACUUGAAUAUCACAAUAAACUGCAGGAAAACAUUGAAAACAAAUUCAUUGAACCAGAGUUUGUAACGAUUGUGGACAACGAGGACUCGGGUUAUAUCAAUGAAACUGAUUGUCAGGUUAUGGCCGAUGAUUGCCAACUAAAUCAAUGCUCUGAAUACGAGCCCUUAAUCACAGACAAACAAUUAAUGACUAGUGAUUCAAUUGAUGGCAAACCAAAGACUUUGUUUAAAAUGUUUCACUGGAAUGAGAGUUUCGGUGCCAUUCAUAAGGAAAUAUCAAAUUUAGUGCCAAAAUCGGUGACAAUGCUUGAAAUGGGAGCCAAUAAAUUGUAUACUAAAACACAAAACACUGACAAUGAUAUUAAAUGUGGUCAGAAAUCUGUUAAACAAUUAGUGAGCGAAUGGGAA